CUGAAAGAAGAAGAAGAAGGAGAAGAGAGAAGAAGGGAGGAAAAGAGGAGAAGAGCGGGCAGGAGAAGUGCAGGAGAGCGGGCUGUGGAGUUGAGUGGUUCGCGUGUUUUUUCUGUAGGAUGAAGUUCUUACAGGUUUUUACAGUUUUUCGUGAUUUGAUCAGCAGAUGACGGCGCGCGAGUGCUUUUGCGCACGUUGGCCUACCUGGAGCGAGAAACUCACAGUCUAACUUUUUACACACACGCGCACGCACACACACACACACACACACAUAGACACACUCACACAGUGUGUUACUCCAACCCGGGACUUCACACUCGCUCAUGUCUCGCGCGCGUGAGCUCGUGCGGCGCCCGUGACCGGAGGGGACGGGUCAUCCAUCCAUCCAUCCAUCCCUCCCACCCUCCAUCUUUCCAUACAUCCCUCCAUCCCUUCAUCCAUCCACCCGCUCCGUCAUGUUCGUUCCGCUCGCGCUCCGUCUGCUGCUGGCCUGGCUCGCGCUCCACGGGCUCGGCGGCGCGUGGGCCGAGCAGCAGCAACAGCAGCAGCAGCGCGCUCUGGCCACGCGCGAGCGCUUCAAGGUGGUGAUCGCGCCGCUCAUCUGUAAGCGCACGUGCCUAAACGGACAGUGCAGGGACACCUGCGAGCAGGGCAACAACACCACCCUGAUCUCGGAGAACGGACAGUCCGCGGACACGCUGACCGGACACGGCUUCAGAGUCGUGGUGUGUCCUCUGACAUGUAUAAAUGGAGGUGUGUGUAGUAACCGUACGCACUGCCUGUGCCCGCCGGGCUUCACUGGACGACUCUGCCAGUUCCCCCUCCGCACACAGGCGUCCCGCGGCAACAAACAGCCCGUCUACACCCUGCAGGUGAUGCCUGACGGUCCAGGACUGUCUGAGUCGAGUGGUCCAGGUGGGCGGCAGCAGCUGACUCAGACACACUCAGUGUUUACCCUGCCGCUGGCGCAGGGCACUGGACACUCCUCUGAAGUGCAGUUUAAUGUCCGGGUCCACCACACGCCAGACACUUCAGUAGUCAUUCAUUCUCUUGACCAAUCAGACAUCAAGACUCAGAAAGCAGUGGCCCGACAUCCUUCACAGACACAGAAGCCCAGGGGGCGGUGCUUUCAGGAGACCACGCCCAAACAAGCUUGUAGCAGUAACCCUCUUCCAGGACUGACCAAUCAGGAGGACUGCUGUGGCAGCGUGGGAAAUUCCUGGGGUCAACACAAAUGUUACAAAUGUCCCAAACUCCCCUAUGCCGGAAAGCUGCAGACGAUAAUCGAGGAAUUUGGCUCCACAUGCCCUCAAGGUUACAAAAGACUAAACAGAACACACUGCCAAGAUAUUAACGAGUGUAUGAUGCAGGGAGUGUGUCAGAAUGGUGAAUGUUUGAACACCCAGGGGAGCUUCCGCUGCACCUGCAAACCUGGAUACGUCCUGGCCGACAGAACACGCUGUGUUUUGGAAGUGCAGGGCCCGUGUUACCGCAUGCUGACCCAGGCAGGAAGAUGUGAACUCGCCCUGCCCACCAACCUGCCCCAAAAGCUCUGCUGCUGCACUGUGGGAAAAGCCUGGGGCAGGAACUGUGAGAAGUGUCCACAGGACGGCACAGCCUCCUUUAAUGAACUCUGUCCUGCGGGGAAGGGCAUGUCUGUCCUGCACUAUCACGGCACUCUGGCCAUCCAGCCCUUCCAGACCAGCAUAGAGCAGAGCCCUAUCCUUACUAAACCUGAACAAGAGCCCAGGCUGCCGGAAGUGCCUGCCCAGGUGACCACGCCCAUGCAGAUCGCACCAGUCAGCACCAGGAGAGUACCAGUUCUGGUUCCCAGUCCAACGACACGUCCCAUAAUCCGUGUGCCACCAGAGAGGGAUUCGCUGGAGGCGGCACAGACGCAGGCCUCGCAGAUGGAUGAGUGUAGACUGAACAGGAACAUUUGUGGUCAUGGAGAGUGUGUAAGCACACAGACCGGUUUCAUGUGCCACUGUGACGCUGGAUACCGGCCGCACACACAGAGGAAGAACUGUGUAGAUGAGAACGAGUGUGAAUGGGAGCCAUGUGGUCAGGGCAGAGGAACCUGCAUCAACACAGUCGGCUCCUACCACUGCAACUGUCUCCCUGGGAACAAACUGAUGGUGCAUCAUGGGAAACGGCGCUGUGCGGACAUAAACGAAUGUUUCAAACCAGACAUCUGUGGCGUCGGAGGAGUCUGUGUGAAUCUGCCUGGCUCGUAUAAGUGCGACUGUAUGCCAGGUUUCAGGAGCAAAACACGCAGACAGUGUGAAGAUAUUGAUGAGUGUUUGGACCCCAAAUCAUGCCCUGAUGGUCAGUGUGAGAACACUAUUGGAUCAUAUGAGUGUAUACCCUGCCAGCCUGGACACCAGGCACAAGGAGGAGUGUGCUAUGAUGUGAACGAGUGUCAGAAGAGAGGAGUGUGUUUAAACGGCCGCUGUGAGAACUUGCCGGGGACGUACCGCUGUCUGUGUAACGAGGGCUUCCUGCCUGAGGCCGACAGCAAAGGCUGCAGAGAUAUUAACGAGUGCCAGGACAACCGCCUGUGUGCUAAUGGCCACUGCAUAAACACAGAGGGCUCGUUCCAGUGCCAGUGUUACCCAGGAUACCAGCCCACCCAGGAGGGCAGCCACUGUGAGGAUAUAAACGAGUGUGAGCGCGCAUCAAACUGCCAGAGGGGGCGCUGCAUCAACACCAUGGGCUCCUACCUCUGUGAGUGCCAGAAAGGAUACAUGCUGGUUAGCGGACGCAGAUGUCAAGACAUAGACGAGUGUGAGGUGGACAGGAGUCUGUGCCAGCCUCAUGGAGUGUGUGAGAACAGGCAGGGGGGUUAUGUGUGUGUGUGCAACGAUGGCUUCAUACUGUCUGAAGACAAGCACAGCUGUGAGGAGAUGGAGAUGGAUUUGAACUAUAAGAAGGAGUGUUAUCUGAACCUGGAUGACACUGUGUUCUGUGACAGUGUCUUAGCCACUAAUGUCACUAAGCAGGAGUGCUGCUGCUCAGUGGGAGUGGGCUGGGGGGAUCACUGUGAAAUUUACCCCUGUCCCGUCUACCACUCAGCGGAGUACCACUCUCUGUGUCCAAUUGGUCGAGGCUUUUAUCAUCAAGAAGGGGUGACGGAGUAUGGCCUACCAGUACACAGAGACAUAGACGAGUGUGUGUUAUUCAACAAUGAGAUUUGUAAAGGGGGACGCUGUAUGAACACACAGCCAGGAUUCGAGUGUUACUGUCAGCAGGGCUUCUACUAUGAUAGCAACCUUCUCGAAUGUAUAGACGUUGAUGAGUGUCACGAUGAGUCUCUGUGUACCAACGGUCACUGUGUGAACACGAGAGGAUCCUUCUACUGCACCUGUAACGCCCCCUGGACUCCAGACGCCACCAACAAGAAGUGUGUCUACCCUACAGUCACAAGUAGGAGAAGUAUUAAUGAAUGCCAAGACCCAUCUAACUGUAAGAAUGGACACUGUGUGGACACGCAGGACUCCUACUACUGCAUCUGCACUCCUCCCUGGAUCCUGGCCACUGACCGCAACAGCUGUGUCACACCAGAGGAACAGGCCGUAAUGUCUGUGGUGACCGUUUCAGAUGUGAAUGAGUGUCUGGACCCGUCGUACUGCAGGAACGGGAGGUGUGUGAACACUCCCGGCUCCUUCCACUGCAUCUGCGCUCAGCCGCUCACCUUCAGCGCGGCCCUCAAGCAGUGCGUCUAUGAUGAUCGUACAGCGGCCCACAAGGACGUGUGUUUUCAGGAAGUGGACGAGGAUCUGAUAUGCAGCAUACCCCGUAAUGGCUUGACAGUCACCUACUCAGAGUGCUGCUGCCACUAUGGCCGUGGCUGGGGUCCCGAGUGCCGCACCUGCCCGCAGAGAAACUCAGUGAUCUUUAACAGGCUCUGUGAGAUGCACCUGGAGACAGAAUCAGACGGAGAGUUAGAUUUCCUAGCAGCUUUCUCCAAUUACAACCCAGAGGGAGACAGUUCAGAGGAAGAUUCUGAUGAGUGUAGUUGUGCGAAUGGGCGCUGUGUGCGCUCAUACCUGGGUACUAUGUGUGAGUGUAACUCCGGCUUCAGAAUGGAUCAUUCACGAACACGCUGUAUAGAUGUAGACGAGUGUGUGGAGAGGCGAGUGAACCUGUGUAAGAACGCUCGCUGUGUGAACACGAUGGGGUCGUUCAAAUGCUCCUGCAAACACGGCUUCAUACCCACGCGCAGACCCAACGUGUGCAGACAGGCCAGGGCUUCAUAACAGCACGAAAAAUUCAACACACAAUGCAAAAACUACAAUGCAGACACACACACACACAUCACCCUGCAACAACAGUUCCCUGUGGUCAGUUCAUUUCUUUCUUUUUUUUAGCUUUUCAUUUUGUUUUUAUUUUAAUUCAGAGAAUUGAACUGAAGUGUCUCCAGCUGUUUAUAAUAGUAGUUCAUCUUUGUUCUUGUUAUUUUUUGUUUGUUACGUGUCGAUGCAUUUUCCCCUCCUCAUCCUUGAGUCCUUCUUGCACGGGUUUGGUCACUUUGAUCUCUGUGGAUGUGGGAAAGUCUAGUGCCUUAUUACAUGGGAAAUGUAGGACGCUGCUUUGGAUUAAGUACUGAAAUGAAUAACUGAAAAGUUGUUUUUUUUGUUUAUUGUUUCCUUAAAAUGCCUUAAAAAGCCAUAGCCUAAUAAUGACUGGGGAAAUACAAUGUUAUUCAUUUUACACUAAUAUUCUUCAGCUGGUAUUAUAUGUUGCAUUGAUUGUUGAUUGUUCAACACUGAUGGUUGAUGGAGAUGUUUUAUGUAUACUGUAUAUGCUUCAGUUUGAAUAUAAGACCUCAAAGGUGUUCAUCUUUGAUUGUGCUAAGCUACACCAUUCAAUGGACAAAAGAUACUUGCAACUAGUGGACAGUGUGAGGCCUAAUUUACAUUUGUAAAGUGCGUUUAGAGUACGCAGAUUAUUUUUGGUACAAAAUAAGCACUGAUUCUAAUGUGCAAAUGCACUAGAGGAUCUAGCCAUAUGAUUUUUAUUUUAUGUGAUUUAAUCUCUCUGCUCUUCUCAUGGUUUACCUGUAGCUACUGCACAUUUCCAUCUAGUGGAUUUUUAACAGUGCUUGAAAAGAGUUCAUUAAUGUCAGCAAUAGAAACAUAAAUGAUCUGUAAUAUUUAAUAAAUUGUCAGUUUUCUUCUGUUCAACUUUAAGUUUUCAAGUUUUUUUAAUACCAGAUAUAUUAGGAUAAUCUACUUUAAAAGUUUUUUUACAGAGAAAAAUACUUAAUCCCCUCCAGUAGUGCAUAUAUUAGUGCAGUGAAUGAGGUGUAAAAGUAGAAAAAAACAGCCAGACAAACACAGUCAGCCCAAACCAGGAACACAUAUGGUAUUUAUUAUUGGCUCACAUACCAUUUGGAAUGAUGGUCCAGUGGUGGUACAGUGAUUGUAAUAAAAUUCUUAAUUGUUAUAAUUGUUUAAAAAUAGUUAGGGUUCUUUUUUCAAUAUUUUUUGGGUAAAUGCUACUGUUUAUAUAUACCGUAUUUUUUGCAUAUAAGGUGCACUUAAAAUCCUUCCAUUUUUCCAAAAAUCUUCAGUGCGCCUUUUAAUCCAGUGUGAGUUUCAGUUUAGUUCUCCAGCACCGGGGCUGAAGUAGCAUUGGCAUUAGCCGCUAAACGCUAUUUCCCUGUUCAGAGGUAUUAUCAACCUGUAGCCUGCUGCUAACCCUGGCUAACACUGCUGGAGCAGCAUCAGCAUUACCCGCUAACCAGUUAAGCGCUAGCUCUUUAGCCGUUCAGAGGUGAGUAUUAUCGGCCUGUAGCCUGCUGCUAUCACCGGCUAGCACUGCUGGAGCAGCACUAGUAUUAGCCACUAACUGUGCUAGCUCCUUCGUCGUUCAGAGGUGAGUAUAUUGGACUCUUGUCUGUGUGUUUACCGUGUUAAAGCAAGGUACGUGGGACGAACCACUAGCUAAUAUCGUACUGGCUUACCGUAACACUCAUGGUUAGCCUAGUGGUUAGCCUCUAAUGCUAAUGCUCAAGCACUAGUGCUGGAGAAAUUUGGGAAUCUAGGUUUACUGUAAAUAGGCUGAAAUUAUUUACUCACCCAAAUAAAAUUUUCAGGAGAGAAAUCUGUGUAGAUUAACAUCCAGGGCUUGUUUGUUUAAAAGAAAGUCUUUUUUUAUUACACUUUUUCUACUUAGCUUAGCUUUACUUAACUUAGUUAGCUACCCCCUCACCCCCUAUCACCACCCAGCGGCAAGACCUGCUAAAUUAUAAGUUCCUUAUAGUGUCUCUUAAAAUGCACUUGAUAUAUUAAAAUAGAACAUAAAAUAGAUGUUUACUGAUGGUAUGCAUUAUAAUGUGAAAAAUACAGUAUAAAGAUUUGUAUUUUCAUUCAGCAGAUCAAAUUAAAUACCUAAAACAAUAUAAAUAUAUAAAUAGGUUCUACAUCUGCAGUGUGUGGGCCACUAUUUAAUACCAGAUAUUUCCCAGGUUUGUUGCUGUAAUGUUGUUAUUAGACAGAUAUGAAGACAUCACAAUUCCAACUAUUUAUAUUUUGAUAAAGCAAAUAUUCUAUGUUAUCAGUCUUUUACAAAAAAAUAAUUAAGUAUAUUAAGUAAAUUGUUUUUUCGUAGUUCUCUAUUCAUAGUCAAAUGUACAGAUGGUCAGUGAUAAAUCCAUAAUACACUCUAUAACACAAUGUCAUUAUACUGUUCAGCCUUUGAUACAAGACUCAAGACUACUCUUAUAGCAAUAGUUUAGCAAAAACAUUACAGUAACCCAGCUUUCCUAUUAUAUGUAUAUGAGCCAUGUUGUUUUGGUGUCUAAAGUGCAAUUGUUUAGAAAUGUUGGAGCUAAUUUAAUUGUAAAUUCAGACAAAACUAACAUUAGUAUUAGUAUCAGUAGUUUCUAAUUUCAUCAUUUUCAUCAUUUCUACUAGCUACAGUUAUUAUUUAGGCAGACAGCUUGUACAUUUUAUCCAAAUAAAUAUUGUGAAUGGGUAGUGUUUUUGUCAAUUUGUUUAAGGGAAAGGCAUGCACUUUUAAAAGAGUUUAUGGGUCUUACAAAAACCAAAAGAACAUGAACUUCUGUUUGUUAAUUUGCCAGCUGAAUGCAAGUAUGAACAGCUAAUUAGACAAUUUGGCAAAUGUUGUUUUUUAUACUUAUACUAUUUGCAUACAAUUAAAAAUACAGUAAUGUUUUUAUUCUUAAUCAUUUGUAUAACAGUUCGAGAACUCCAGGCAUGUAUCUGCUGAUGGACUGUAUUUAGGGUAAGAAGAAAGUUGUACACUGAAGAAAAUUUAUGGCAAAACUGUGUGUUCAAAUUGGGCUUCCUAACUAAUAAACGCAGCCUUCGUAACAUUUCAAUGAUCUCGUUGACAAUUUAUUCAUAUUUGAAACCUGGAAACAAACAAGGAGAGCAUUUAAGUAUCACAUCUUCACAUCUAACAUAUCUCGUUCCAACAGGUCGUGUAUGUCAUAUUUAUUUUUCCCCUGGCAAUUUUGUAAUUUUUUAAUUUUUAAAUGUGUUUGCUGUACUGAUGAGGGUGCACCGUCUGAACCUGCGUUUGAUGCAUAAUUGACAUGACUGGACCUAAGAGGUCAGGAUUAAGAGACUUUAAAGAAAAUAAACACAAGGAGGGUGAAAUAAUGGAUGUUUUAUUAACUCUCAAUGUUUUGUCAGUGCGAUUACAGAAACAGAGAUGCUUUUUUUUUUACCAAAGAAAAGAACAAUAAAUCUAAAACGACGUGAAACAAA